AUGGAUUUAAGUGAGGAAAACAGGUUAGCUAGGCUUCUGCUUAGUGUCGAAAGAGAAGAAAAUGAAGUACUAGGAAGACCUACUGGUGCAUUUGUUCGACAACUGUUCAACGAAUCGGAUGAAGAAGACACCAAUGUGGCUGGAUCUGACGACGAUGAAGGACAUGUUCAUCUUGCUCAGGAGCUGGAAGGCAAUGAGGUGCAAGGGCAUGAAGAAGGUAGUGUAUUUUUAGGAAAUAUGUCAGACGAUUUUGAUGAACUUGAUAUUAUCCCUAUUCAUAAUCGUUUGCAUGGUGAUAUUGUCACAAAAGCAGAUGGGUCUCAAGCUUAUAUUAGCAGGAACAGAAAAAUGUUAUGGAAUAUGCAACCCAGUCAAGAACGUAGAACACCUGCCAGAAACAUACUCAGAAUGAGGAUGGGUUGCACUGUUGGUGUAGCAAAAGACGCUAAAACUGCUUUAGAUAUUUGGAGCUUGUUUUUCACAGAUUCCAUGAUUUUAGAUAUUACACAAUCAACUAAUGUUUGGAUUAAUAGUAACAAGGAACGGUACAGUCGUGAGAGAGACGCAAAAGAAACCACACCAGAGGAAUUAAAAUGUGUAUUUGGCAUUUUGUAUAUGGCAGGUGUCAUGAAGUCUUCACACCAGAUACUUGAAGAGCUUUGGAGUGGCGAUGGAUUUGGUGUAGAAUUUUUUAGAUGUGCAAUGUCUAUCAAAAGAUUUAAGUUCCUGCUCACUGCAAUGCGGUUCGACGACAUCACAAGUAGAGAAGAUAGACAGAAACUUGACAAUUUGGCUCCGAUAAGGGAUUUAUUUGAAGAAUUUGUUGAAAAUUGCAAACUUCAUUACAGAGUGAGUGAGUUUGUAACUUUAGAUGAAAUGCUGGAAUCUUUUCGUGGAAGGUGCAGUUUUCGACAAUAUAUCAAAAACAAGCCAGCAAAAUACGGACUCAAGAUCUAUGCGCUAGUAUGUGCAAAAACAUUUUACACGGCAAAUUUGGAAGUAUACGCGGCAAGACAACCCCCUGGUCCUUACCAAAUAGAUAAUUCUGCGAGGAGUGUUGUGCAACGCAUGAUCGAGCCCAUAUCAGGAUCUGGAAGAAACGUCACCAUGGACAACUGGUUCUCCUCUGUACCAUUAUGCUUCGAUCUAAUGAAUGAUCAUCGUCUUACAAUGGUCGGAACUUUGAGAAAGAACAAGCGGGAGAUUCCAAGUGCAUUUCUGGAAACAAAGCACAGACCCGUGAACAGUUCUAUGUUUGCUUUCAAAGACAAAUGCACAAUGGUAUCCUUUGUCUCCAACAAGAAAAAACAUGUAGUGCUUGUAUCGACUCUACACAAUGAUGAUACAGUUGACAACAACCCAAACUCUCCAACUGUAGGGAAACCUGAAAUUGUCUUAUUUUACAACAGUAGUAAGGGUGGAGUGGAUACGGUGGAUAAGUACAAGGAGUCCUAUUCAACUGCUCGAGUUUGUAAUCGCUGGUCAAUGCGAAUUUUCUACUCUCUGUUGGAUAUAGGUGCGCUAAACACCUUCAUAAUACUAAAGGAAAACGCCAAAGAACCGAAAAUGAAAAGAAGAAUCUUUUUACGAACCCUUGCUAAGGAGUUGUGCCAAGACCAUAUGCGCUCAAGGAUAACUAUCAGGAGCACACCAGCAAAUGUAAAACUGAGAAUUUGUAAAAUCAUGGAGAUUGCUGAUCCACGUCCAACAAGAAGUGCCCCGCCUGAAGACGUUCAAUCGGCCAGAUGUUACAGCUGUGAUUGGAGAAAACAUCGUCUUUCCAAGACCCGGUGUUCAAAGUGCAAGUUUUUUAUUUGCAGAGAGCACACUGCUCCAGCUAUCUGUGUCAUGUGCACUGAGUCUCGUGUGCCGUCCGAAGAAGACAUGAGUGAGUAG